AUGACUGUGCCUUGCACUAAUCCUGCUGAAUGUUCCGGGAAGUCUAUUAUAGUCACGACCUUACCAGUUGUCCCGACGUCGACUGGAAUGGGUGCCACUGGUUACACAACUAUGACUGUCUCUUGCACUAAUCCUGCUGAAUGCUUUGGUAGCUCGGCAAUAGUAACGACGCUUGCUGUUCCACAAUCGACUGGAGCAACAGAAUAUGCCACUGUUACUUUAUCAUGCACUAAUCCUUCUGAAUGUUCCGGAAAGUCUGUCAUGGUCACAACCUUACCAAUCGUCCCUGCUUCAACUGAAAUGGGUGCUACCGGCUAUACAACUAUGACUGUCUCUUGUACUAAUCCUGCUGAAUGUUCUGGUAACUCGGUCAUGGUCACCACUAUCCCAGCAUCCCAAGCCGCGAACCCCAUUGAAUCCGGAUCCACAGGAUAUGCCACGGUUACUCUAUCAUGUACUAAUCCUGCUGAAUGUUCCGGAAAGUCUAUCAUAGUAACCACCUUGCCUAUUGUUCCUACUCCAACUGAAAUGGGUGCUACCGCCUACACGACUAUGACUAUCUCUUGCACUAAUCCUGCUGAAUGUUCUGGAAAGUCUAUCAUGGUAACUACUGUCCCAGUAUCCCAGUCCGCGAACCCCGUUCAAGCUGGAUCCACAGGAUAUGCCACGGUCACAACCUUACCAAUCGUCCCUGCUUCAACUGAAAUGGGUGCUACCGACUACACAACUAUGACUGUCUCUUGCACUAAUCCUGCAGAAUGCUCUGGUCACUCAGUAAAGGUCACAACAAUUGCUGUUCUACAAUCGACUGGCCCGACAGAAUAUGCCACAGUCACUGUAUCAUGCACUAAUCCUGCUGAAUGUUCCGGAAAGUCUGUCAUGGUCACAACCUUACCUAUUGUUCCUACUCCAACUGAAAUGGGUGCUACCAGCUACACCACAAUGACUAUCUCUUGCACUAAUCCUGCUGAAUGUUCUGGAAAGUCUAUCAUGGUAACUACUGUCCCAGUAUCCCAGUCCGCGAACCCCGUUCAAGCUGGAUCCACAGGAUAUGCCACGGUCACUGUGUCGUGCACAAAUCCUGCUGAAUGUUCCGGAAAGUCUAUCAUAGUAACCACCUUGCCUAUUGUUCCUACUUCAGCUGAAAUGGGUGCCACUGGUUACACAACUAUGACUGUCUCUUGCACUAAUCCUGCUGAAUGCUUUGGUAGCUCGGCAAUAGUAACGACGCUUGCUGUUCCACAAUCGACUGGAGCAACAGAAUAUGCCACAGUCACUGUAUCAUGCACUAAUCCUGCUGAAUGUUCCGGAAAGUCUGUCAUGGUCACAACCUUACCUAUUGUUCCUACUCCAACUGAAAUGGGUGCUACCGCCUACACCACAAUGACUAUUUCUUGCACUAAUCCUGCUGAGUGUUCUGGUAACUCGGUCAUGGUCACCACUAUCCCAGCAUCCCAAGCCGCAAACCCCAUUGAAGCUGGAUCCACAGGAUAUGCCACGGUCACUGUGUCAUGUACUAAUCCUGCUGAAUGUUCCGGAAAGUCUAUCAUAGUAACCACCUUGCCUAUUGUUCCUACUCCAACUGAAAUGGGUGCUACCGCCUACACGACUAUGACUAUCUCUUGUACUAACCCUGCUGAAUGUUCUGGAAAGUCUAUCAUGGUAACUACUGUCCCAGUAUCCCAGUCCGCGAACCCCGUUCAAGCUGGAUCAACAGAAUAUGCCACGGUCACUAUAUCAUGUACUAAUCCUGCUGAAUGUUCCGGAAAGUCUAUCAUAGUAACCACCUUGCCUAUUGUUCCUACUCCAACUGAAAUGGGUGCUACCGCCUACACGACUAUGACUAUCUCUUGCACUAAUCCUGCUGAAUGUUCUGGAAAGUCUAUCAUGGUAACUACUGUCCCAGUAUCCCAGUCCGCGAACCCCGUUCAAGCUGGAUCAACAGGAUAUGCCACGGUCACUGUAUCAUGUACUAAUCCUGCUGAAUGUUCCGGAAAGUCUGUCAUGGUCACAACCUUACCAAUCGUCCCUGUUUCAACUGAAAGGGGUGCCACCGGUUACACCACCAUGACUGUGUCUUGUACUAAUCCUGCAGAAUGUUCUGGUAGUUCGGUAUUGGUGACGACAAUUGCUAUGCUUCCAAGCGAAACACAAACUGGAGUAGCUAUGAGCAGCCUAACCGUUGGGCAGUACACUUCGUACCUAACCAAGACUGUGCCAUGCGAAAAUUCUAUGAAAUGUUCUGGAAAAUCUUAUAUGGUUACUACAAUUGCAUUGGUCACAUCUAUGUCUGCUGAAGCGACUGAAGUCGCUACAAAGACUGCCUCAUUAGCAAUUUCGACAUCAAUUACCACUAUUGGCAUUUCAGAAGCACCAGGUAUUUUCCCAACUGGAGUUCCUUAUACUUCUUAUUCAACGAUGACAGUUCCUUGUCAGCAUCCCACUAAAUGCUCAGGAAAGUCUUAUAUUGUUACCACAAUUCCUAUUUACGGCACCAAUGUUCCGACAACGUCCUCAAGCAUAGAACCAUCAGUGGAGACUUCCAUUGUGUCUCCCGCAGGUAUUCCAUACACAUCCUAUCGCACAGAGACAGUUCCUUGCCAGCAUCCAACGAAAUGUUCUGGACGAUCUUACGUCCUGACGACAAUUCCAAUCUACGGAACAUUCAUCCCUAGUAUAUCAGAAAGUGCUACUGUCACCCAGUCGGUCCCAUAUACUGAGUUUAUUUCGGUUCAGAACUCUCCAGUACCUGGAGAGGGUACAACUCUCUUGACAACUGUAACUGUUCCAUGCACAGCAAAGGGAUGUACCACGCAGCAGUUGGUAACGACUGUCACAAUGGUCUUGCCCACCCCUUCCUAUCCUAAUGGUAAGUGA